GCAGGCUCACUUGGCAGCGUUUUAGAUUAGCUGAAGCAUCUUCGAUAAAUUGGCUGUCUUUGGCUGUCAGUUUAUUAGCAGCUUAGCAGCUUAGUUGUCAGGAUGGGUGGCUGUUGGUCAUGUGUGGCCUGCAGGUCUCACCCAGAGGCAGAACCAAAGGAUGAAGAUGAAGAGGGGGCACUGACAGGUCAUCCCAGAAACCCAACCCAUGUUGCACCAUUUUCUGGGGGACUCCCCAAUGUUUUGGGGUACAAUCUGGGGAAAGAGCUCACUGAGGAACCCUCCAUGCCAGAACCUCUUCCAGCACCUGGCAUCACCAACGACAUCCUGGGCGAAGUGCUCAUUGAGGAAACCUCGAUGCCAGGGCCCCUUCCAACACCUUGCAUCACCAAUGACCUACUGGGGAAAGUGCUCAUUGAGGCUACCUCAGUGCCAGGUCCUUCCAUCCUCACAGACACUCCAAAGGAAGCAGCUUCUGUGUCAGAACCCUUACUAGAGCCUUCCAUUGCUGAUAAUUAUCUUCAGCAAGAAGUAGAACUCCUCAAAGGGUUUCAGCAUGACUAUGUCCAGCAGCAACUGAGGGUUCGCCGCAUUUCCCAACAGUUCCCUUGUUCUCUCCGGGCCAUCAACCUGCAAAUUGGACACAUGCGGACAAGGCUCAUCCACAGUGAAGUUCGGCUGCAGUGGUGGGAAAGGGAAGAUGUUCCUGCAGGCCCUGCUGCACUUCUCCAGCCCUCUGGGUCUGAUUCAUCAUUGUCCUCUGCCUCCCUUGAGGUUGCCUCCAUCCCACCCUCCACCUCCACCUCUUCCCUCCUCCUGCAUCCCUCUCCACCUCCUCCUCCUUCCCCACCUCCUCUGGAGCCGGACCUCAGCAAUGUGAAAGAAACUCUGCAGAGUUUGGUAGAGAUGCAGGUCCAUCAGCUGUGUGACCGCCAAAGAGACCUCCACAGCUGCCAGGAAUACUUACAAAGCUUCAAGGCACUGAGGGGACAGUUGAGGCAGCUAAGGAGCAGACUGGCCAGGGUGGAAGCCACUAUGGGGAUCGUGGUUCCUCCAAGGGAGCUGGACGUUGCUGAGGAAGAAGGGGAAGGCAAAUUAAAAGAGACAACUGUGCUACUAUUUACAUAAGUAGCAAUAAAAUGCUGUGUAUAUAUUUUUAAAAAAUUAAAUAUUUGUUUAAAUAGGAUGUAGAGAUAGAUAGCAUAUUUAUUGUUUUUAAAAAUAAAAUGUUUUAUUUUAAAGAAAA